AAUUCCCGGCGGAUGAGCUGCAAACUCGACAUGGCCCAUUCCAUUGUGCAUCCUGCUGCCUAGUGCGUCGUGCGCCGCCUCAAGCUGAGGUCACCGUCUGCUACAACACAUGCCUCCCUGUUGCUUCGGAUACUUGCUUCCUCACCGCAUCGCUCCUUAACUCGCUAUUUUUGAGUUCUAGUUGCUCUCUUGCACACCCACCAUCAAAAUUACCCUCAUUACUACCUCACUCCUCUCCCCUUGCUCUGCAAAGCUACCGUCUACGGGAGCCGCCGGGUUGCUCCCCUCCCUAACUAGCCAGAGCCGGCCCCGCUUGGCCUUGGAUGGCCAACCAUAAUGCUGCCUGCCAUUCUUCGCUAUGGGAAUCCGGGGAAUAUACAAAGAAAUCGGCUCUGGCAGGCGGGUAUCCCUGACCAAACUCGCCGUCGACACCCUCGAGGAAACUGGUCGGCCCUUGCGCCUAGCCAUAGACAUCUCAAUAUGGCAGUUCCAGACUCAAGCCGCUAGAGGCGGCACCAACCCGGCCAUCCGGACGCUAUUCUACCGCCUGCUCCGGCUCCUCGGCUUAUCAAUACAGCCCAUCUUCGUGUUUGACGGCCCCAACAAGCCUGCCUUCAAGCGGAACAAGCGCUCUGGCCGCGGCGACGGCGUUGCGUCGUCCAUGGCCAAGAGACUGAUCAAGCUGUUCGGCUUCCUGACCCACGACGCCCCCGGAGAAGCGGAGGCCGAGUGCGCGUUCCUGCAGCAAACCGGCGUCGUCGACGCCGUGCUGAGCGAGGAUGUCGAUACCAUCAUGUUUGGCUCCACCUGCACCCUGAGGAACUGGUCCUCGGAGGGCGUCAAAGGGAAGACGCCGACGCACGUCUCCGUGUACGACACCGACUAUCUGCGCGAGGGCGGGUCCGGACUCGACCGCGAGGGGAUGGUCCUGGUUGCUCUCAUGAGCGGCGGCGAUUAUCUCCCGGAGGGUAUCCCGGGGGCCGGCAUCAAGGUGGCCUGCGAGGCCGCCCGAGCCAGCUUCGGGAAAUGGCUUUGUAAGUUGAAGAGGGCCGACGUCUCCGAGCUGGCCAGCUGGAAAGAGUGGUUGGCCUUCGAGCUGCAACACAACGAGAGCCAGUUCUUCAAGAGGAGACAUAAAGCCUUGUCCAUACCUGAAGACUUUCCUAACCUCGAAGUCCUCGGGUAUUACACCCAUCCUGUCGUAUCACCCGACGCUGUUGUCGACAGGCUACGGAGUCAAGAUUGGGACAUGCCGGUGGAUGUGCAAGGGCUGCGCGACUUCGCAAGAGAUACGUUCAACUGGAGCUACCGAAUAGGGGCUAUCAAGUUCAUCAAGGUGUUGGCCCCAUGCUUACUCGUACGGAAGAUGAUAUCUCGCCGCGAGCUCCCCGACAAUGGCGAGAAACCCGUCGAGCUGUUGGAGAAGGAGGAGUCGGAAUUGGUCAAAGCGAUCAAAACCCGGCGCGCGCACGCCAGCACCGACGGCACACCAGAGCUGCGCGUGUCCUUCAUACCGACCCAGAUCGUCGGUUACGACUUUCAGGACGAGCCGGACGAGGUCGUCGAGUACGGGCGGUCCGGCAUAGCUCUGAACAGCGACGACGAGUUCGAAGACGCGGCCGGCGACGACGGCGCGGAAUCCAUCGCAAGGGGUGCCAGCAAGAAACCGUUCGACCCGACCGAACCGGAUUUAUUCUGGAUACCAGAGACGGUAGCGAAGCUCGGGAUACCUGUCAUGGUCGAAGACUGGGAAGAGUCGGAGCGUGCCAAGGUGGCGAGCCGUCGGAAGCCAGCGGCUGCGAAGCGGAAGGCGAAAGCUAAGGGCGACGCUGGUAAGGGCGCCGCUGCUGCCACCUUGGAUCAGAUCACCAGGGUCACGAAGAACAUCCCGCAAGGCGGAGAUUUCGGCAAAGACGUCGCCCGUCGCCCGUCGCCCGUCCGGCUCUGCGAUCCCCUCUGCGUUUCCGCGGUGCCCUCGCAGAGCUUGCUCCUGCUCCCCUCGCCUAUCCAAGCAUCGCAGAAGACGCGCGCGACGAGAUCCAUCCUAGGGUUACCCGGCUGGCAAAGGCCGCCGAGGCGAUUAUCAUAUCCUCCAGCCCCCCUGCGUCGCCUCCUGCGGAUCGGCGUGCCCCUGUAGCACGGGGCCCCGGGACCCCGGGCGCGGGAGAUGCCAGCCCUCCAAGAUCGGCGUCUCGAUCGCCACCGCCCUCAAGCCCUCCAAAGCACCGCUCCGUCUCGCCGGCGCGGUCUCCGACUAGGGGAGGCGAGGAAGACGAGGGGGCGUCUCGGCCCCCCAGGACGAGGCGUCGGGGCACGCCGCCGCAGCCGAGCGAGAAAAAACGCCCGCCGCGCGGCGCCGGCACGCCGGACCGCGCGCGCGAAGACAGCGCCGUCUUCGAGGAGGACGCGGCGGCGCCCGCGGGGCCGACGACCAGGAUGUACGUCCUGAGCCGGGGCGC